CCCGCCCUCCCAGGCGGCGCUGUCCCUGACCAAGCGGCGGGAGCGAGGGUUCAGAGAUGGGCAGUGAGAAGGAGCAGAGUCAAGAACCACACCUGCCUGAGGAAAGGCAAGGGGGUAAGCCUUGGAGAGUGGAUGGCUCACAGGGUUCUCGGAUCCCAGCUGGGGAAAAGGAGGAUGGGCAAGAACACCCAUCGAAGGGGUCACAAGGAACAUGUCCAAAAAAGCCAUGGCAGAAAGUCAUUACUUCAGCAGGAGGGCCAGGGGACCCCAGGGCACAUCCAAAGCCUGAGGCAGACCAGAAGCCUUUUGCAUGUCCCCAGUGUGGCAAAACCUUCAGUAAUACCUCCAGCCUGAAAACACACCAGCGAAUCCACACUGGUGAGAAGCCCUAUAAGUGUUCCGAAUGUGGCAAGAGCUUUUCAAGAAGCUCCAAUCGUAUUCGGCAUGAGCGGAUCCACCUGGAAGAGAAGCACUAUAAGUGUCCCAAGUGUCAGGAAAGCUUCCGGCGGCGCUCAGACCUCACUACACAUCAGCAAGAUCACCUGGGCAAGCGGCCAUACCACUGUGACAUCUGUGGAAAGAGCUUCAGUCAGAGUGUCACCUUGGCCGUCCAUCACCGAACCCACCUGGAGCCAGCACCCUACAUCUGCUGUGAGUGUGGGAAGAGCUUCAGCAACAGCUCCAGCUUUGGAGUGCACCACCGCACGCACACGGGGGAGAGGCCGUACGAGUGUGCGGAGUGUGGGCGGACCUUCAGCGACAUCUCCAACUUUGGAGCGCACCAAAGGACCCACAGAGGGGAGAAACCCUAUCGUUGCACCCUGUGUGGGAAGCACUUCUCCCGCAGCUCAAAUCUCAUCCGCCACCAGAAAACACACACUGGUGAGCAGUCCGAAAAGAGUAGCUAAAGGA